GCCGCGUAUAAGAAGCAGGUCACUGGGAUCCGCUGUGACCGGCAGCAUCUGCACAGCUGGGUCAGGGGAGGUGCAAGCAGGAGCCCGGAACAGCGCAGCAGCUCAGCCAUGGCAGAUCAAGCUUUUGUAACACUGGCCACCAAUGAUCCAUAUGUUAAAGGAGCGCUAGUACUGGGUUCAUCUCUACGAAACCACAACACGACAAGGAAGCUGGUGGUGCUCAUAACGCCUCAGGUCUCAGACUCCAUGAGAAAAGUGCUGGAUAAAGUCUUUGACGUAGUUCGGGUAGUGGAUGUCUUGGACAGUGAGGAUUCUGCUCACCUGGCUUUAAUGCAGAGACCAGAACUUGGCAUCACAUUAACAAAACUCCAUUGCUGGGCACUUACAGAAUACACAAAAUGUGUGUUCAUGGACGCAGACACAGUGGUUUUGUCAAAUAUUGAUAACCUAUUUGAGCGGGAAGAGCUAUCUGCAGCACCAGACCCAGGCUGGCCAGAUUGCUUCAACUCUGGAGUAUUUGUUUUCCAACCAUCUAUAGAAACCUACAACCAGCUGUUACAAUUGGCUACAGAAAAAGGCAGCUUUGAUGGUGGGGACCAAGGUUUGCUCAAUGCAUUCUUCAGUAACUGGGCAACAAAAGACAUUCACAAGCAUCUUCCCUUUGUUUACAACUUGAGCAGUAUUUCGAUAUACUCGUACCUCCCUGCCUUUAAAGCGUUUGGGGCUGAUGCUAAGGUGGUUCACUUCCUGGGUAAAGUAAAACCAUGGAAUUACACGUAUGACAGCAAAACGAAGAGUGUAAAAAGUGAAAUGCAUGACCAGACACUGAUUCACCCAGAAUUCCUUAACCUCUGGUGGGAUAUCUACACUACUAGAAUUCUUCCUUUACUUACGGAGCAUGGAGCGGUUAAAGAUGCAUCAACAGGCCUGAAAGCGGAGGAAGUUACAGAAGCUGUGGCACAGAUGUCCAUCGCGGCUCCCCCCCAACCAUCUAUAUCCUCGGAAGAGCGCAGGGAACGGUGGGAACAAGGCCAAGCUGACUACAUGGGAGCAGAUUCCUAUGAAAACAUUAGAAAGAAGCUAGACUCCUAUCUCCAGUAGGGUUAUUUCUCCGCACAAGGACUUGUUGAUCUAUUUGGCAUCUAGGACUGUGUUUUACCAGAAGUUUACUAAACUGCUAGGGGCUUUACUAAAACUUGUUGGUGGUUUCUCCACUUCUACUGGUGGGAUAUUUAAAUAGGCAUCUUUUUGUAAAAGUUCAGUUUGUGCCAUUUGUAUCCCCCUCCCCAGCCAAAGUUUGUCUAGUUGGAGAAUCACUUAAGUGUCUGCUUUAAACACUGGCUAGCACUUAAUUUGUUAAUUUACCCAGAUCGUUUCCAACUACCCAUCUUGCUUGAGCAGCUGAUGCAAUAAUCCCAACACUGUUCCAACUGGUCGUCCUCUAUGUAAUGGUAAUGUAUAGGCCAUGUAUAGCGUCGGUUUGCCUUUCCAGCAGUAGUACUUACAAUAUUGCCCUUUUUUCUACCUAUGAGCAAACUUAAUUAAAUGAACAAGUUAGUUACUCCUGCUCCUACACUCCGGAUUCAAGCUAGGAUCCUACCAACUCAUUUGGGGUGCCCUGUAAACACACCUUGGAAUGCUUCUUGUUCGGUUAUGUGCCCUAGAAGGGCUAUUGUAAUGCAUUUUCUGAAAUAACUGUAACAUGGCACUUUAAAAGAAUUAAACUGAAUAUGUUCAGUAUACUGUUACAA